AUGCCUGAUCCCGCCAAGUCUGCACCAGCCCCCAAGAAGGGCUCCAAGAAAGCCGUGACCAAGACUCAGAAGAAGGACGGCAAGAAGCGGAGGAAGACCAGGAAGGAAAGCUAUGCCAUCUACGUGUACAAGGUGCUCAAGCAGGUCCAUCCUGACACCGGCAUCUCCUCCAAGGCCAUGGGCAUCAUGAACUCCUUUGUCAACGAUAUCUUCGAGCGCAUCGCAGGGGAAGCCUCCCGCCUGGCUCACUACAACAAGCGCUCCACCAUCACCUCCCGGGAGAUCCAGACCGCCGUGCGCCUGCUGCUGCCUGGAGAGCUGGCCAAGCACGCCGUGUCCGAGGGCACCAAGGCCGUCACCAAGUACACCAGCGCCAAGUAACCUGCUCCGCCUCCUGCUGUCACCCCAAAGGCUCUUCUAAGAGCCGCCACAUUGUCUAUAAUAGAGCUGGGGCUUCUCCUGUCUGUAUUCCCCGUAUUCUCUUCUGUAUAUGUGGCCGCU